AUGUCAACAGAAGGAGAUUUUGUGCCCCAGGCUGAAGAAGUCGUCGAAAACGUUGAGGCUGUUGAGCAGGAAACUGCUCCUUCCACCCAAUUGUCUGUCGAAGAUGCUUUGAAGGAGGUUUUGAAGCGUUCCCUUGUUCACGACGGUCUUGCUCGUGGUGUUCGUGAAGCUUCCAAGGCCCUUGAUCGUCGUCAAGCUCACCUUUGCGUUCUUUGCGAAAGCUGUGACCAAGAAGCUUAUGUUAAGCUUGUUGAGGCUCUCUGUGCCGAAUCCCAAACUCCUUUGGUGAAGGUUGCCGAUCCUAAAGUUUUGGGUGAAUGGGCUGGCCUUUGUGUCCUUGACCGUGAUGGUAAUGCUCGUAAAGUCGUUGGUUGCUCUUGCGUUGCCGUCACUGACUACGGUGAGGACUCUGUUGCUUUGCAAACUUUGCUUUCCAGCUUUUCUGCUUAA